CUCUUGUAUGGAAAUAACCGUAAAUGAAGAGUUCUAACAUUCAUUUUCUUAUGUAAUACUUUAUUUAUGAGAUGAUAUGAAUUUUUUCCCGUCUACAUGAUUGAAGAUUGAUGAUAUUCUUAUGAGGAUCUACACUGUAUAUCUGACAACAUUUCAAAUUGUUUGACGUUAACACCAUGGCGAUAGAUUUCCAGUUGGCGCUUGUGUAGUUAACGUAACUGGUACUUUUUGUAGAAUGCUUGCUUGCUUGUUUCUAGAUUAUAAUUAUAUCCAGGUUUUUUCCACAGCGGAUGAAGCCGAAAUUCCAAUAUAACUUAGAGAAUCAUGGGGGUAUAUGGCCUGUGGCGUUUACUUGAUUCUACAGGAAAGCCAGUUCCAUUAGAAACACUCGAAGGAAAGGUUCUUGCAGUCGAUGUUUCGAUAUGGAUACAUCAAGUGUUGCAAGGAUAUCAGGAUCGGAGGGGCAGUCCUCUUCCUAAUGCACAUCUUAUCGGUCUUUUCCACAGAAUCUGCAAGUUAUUGUACUAUAAAAUAAAGCCAGUCUUUGUUUUCGAUGGCGGUGUACCUCUGUUGAAAAAGAAUACCAUCGCUUCUCGCAGGAAGCAGAAAGCCAUUGCUGCUAGUAAGGCGCAGAAGAUGAAGAAUGACUUGAUAAACAAUCUCAUAAAGCACUCCAUAGUAAAGGGUGCUCUUAACAAAAAUUCCGAUGCUGGUCCUUCUCAACUUCCUGAAAAUCUAGAUACUACUGUGGAUGAUAUCUUUAAACUGCCUAUUGUGCCUAACACUAGUCAGUCCCCAUCUGACUACGAUUCAGGCUCAGACUCUUCUGAGGAGAUAAGUCCCAGAAGGCUAACAAAGUGGACAGGAAAUAUUCAUAAUGUUGACGUUGAUAGUGAAGAAUUUAAAGCAUUGCCGGCCGAUGUUCGUUAUGAUAUACUCACAGAUCUCAAAGAAACCAGAAAACAAAAUUCGUGGGGUCGACUUCACGAAAUGCCAGAAGAUACCAAUGAAUUUUCGGAUUUUCAAAUGAAACGUUUAUUGAAACGUAGAUACGUUCAAGAGUCAUUAGAAAAUGCUGAGAAGGAAAUGGGCGGAAAAACUUUAACUCUGGAGGAGCUAAAUAAACUUCUGAACGAACAGGGAAUAAAUACAUUUGAACGUGACACAGUAUUUCGAAUAGCUUCCGACAACAUCACUAGAUUAAUUUACAUUAGCGAUAAGAAAGCCAUUACGGCCGGUAAUUAUGAAAGUAAUGAGUCCUCUUCAAAUAACACCAAUUCGCAAUUGGCAGUUAUUUCGGAAAAAGAUGAAACCCAGAAAUCGGAAGAUACGUUACCUGUUAUGGAAAAUAUUCAAGAAUACCAGCUGGAUAGCGAUUGGGAUUCAGAUGUUGAAUUAAUUGAUUCGCCACAACCUCCUAAAAAGUAUUUUGGAAAAACUACGUUAAACCCUGCUGUGUCUUAUAUGCUAGAACACAGUGGUUUGACGCAGGAACAAAUUUUAUCGUUAAUUGAACAAAAUAAGAAAGACAAAAAAAGUUCAGAGAAGAGUUUAAGGCGUUCAGAAAAAUCUGUUAAAUCAGAAUGUCCUAGUUCCCAUGAAAAAGACGACAUGGAAAGUUUAGGAAGUUCAGAGGAGCUAAAGGAAAUUAAUGAAAUAUCAAAAGGAACCGACUUAAUUUCGAAAACGGUGUCUACGGAGUCCAAUUCUGAAUCAGAUAAUAUGGUUGAAGUAAUUGAAGAUUAUAGUAAUUUAGAGUCGAUUAAGAGAAUAGAUCAAUCUAAAGAAUCAAUUACGUCUACAACGGAAGUGGGAUUAGAUUCUACGGAUUCUGAUACGGAUGGCUUCAUAGAAGUUGAAGACGUACAUAUUCCAAACGUUACUAUUAUUCCAAAAUCACUUCCGGGUCCAACUUUAGAAAUAAGAAUAAAGACUGAUGAAUUGAAGGAAGACGAUAUGUUUACCAACGUAUUUAAAAUCGAUAACACAAAAUCAUUGAAUCCUGAGACUUUUAUUCCACAACCACAAGAAAUACCAAAACAAGAUUUAGAAUCCAGUCUAACAAAGUUACCGGACAUUACAUCCGAAAAAGCAAUAGAAAAAGAAAUAGAUAAAUUACCGGAAAAGUUGAAAAAUCCAUCUGAAGAACAACAAUUACUAGAAAACAAAACCAAUGAGGAAAUAGCACAUACAGAAAAAAGUACCGAUUCCGAUAUAAUCCCUGUAGAAAGUGCGGAAACUGAAAAAUCUGAAGUCCCAAAAAUUCAGCCUGUAAUUUUGCCUUUGGAUAAGGACGAACUUUUUUCUAUGGAGAAAAAAUUAGAAAGCGAACAACAAGAACUCUGUGGAGAAAUUGGAAAAUUAGAAAGGCAAGCAACAGACAUAACCGAUCAAAUGAGAAUAGAAGCUCAGGAACUUCUACGUCUUUUUGGUAUUCCUUAUAUUGUGGCUCCUAUGGAAGCUGAGGCGCAGUGCGCCUAUUUAGAAACAAUUAAUUUAACCGAUGGAACAAUAACAGACGAUUCUGAUAUUUGGCUAUUUGGUGGAAAAUGCGUCUAUAAAAACUUUUUCAACAAUAACAAGCGUGUACUACAAUUUCUUUCUGAUGAUAUAAAAUAUCAUUUCAAACUAACAAGAUAUGAAAUGAUUCAGUUGGCACUUCUGGUAGGUAGCGAUUAUACCACAGGUGUUCCUGGCAUCGGACCUGUCGCAGCUUUAGAAGUUCUUGCUGCUUUUCCAUCCGAUCGCGAGAAUAUACUUCGAGGACUACGAAGCUUUUAUUCCUGGCUCAAUACAGGCAGAGUUGUUGGUCCUGGUAAAGCGGGUCUCCGUAACAAGAUCAAAAAUGUUCAAAUAGAAAAAGGUUUUCCUAGCGAAGCAGUAGCUCAGGCUUAUUUAUUUCCAACGGUCGACGAGUCAAAGGAAACGUUUUCAUGGGGUAAGCCAAAUUCGGUUCUUUUGGCUGAUUACACGAGACAAAAAUUCGGUUGGAGUCGAGCGAAAUUUGAUGAUAUUUUUGGACCUGUAUUAAAGCGAAUGCACGAGAAAAAGAGUCAGAAAUAUAUAGAUUCUUAUUUCAAAGUGAAAACCGUGCCGAAAUCUAUUGAAACUAAUCUGAGUAAAAGAGUUCAGAAAGCAGUAAAUCAAUUGGGCGGAGAAGCGGAAAGAUCGGAUUUGAAUGAAGAAAAAAAACCAUCAAAAAAGAAGAAGGCAUCAGGAAAGUCCAAAAAAUCAACAGUCGAAAUAACUCCUGAAACUAAUCCGAAUGCCGAUACCAAAAAAGUUGUCGACAACUUGGGCGAGAGUAGCAAGAAUUCCCAGGAAUAUAUCCCACAAAGAGAAAAAGACAAGGCAAACUCUUUGAAGAAAAAACUUAAAGCCAUUGAGGUUUUUCGAAAGUCAAAAAAAGGUCCAGGGCGUACAAAAAAAGUCAAACGAUCCAGCUGUACAAUAAAAAUGGAGGCAGAACUUUCAGAAAGUAGCAGUAGUUCCUAGUGGAUGUAAUUUACAAUAGUCAAAUCGUUGUUUUUCUGUUCCUUUCUACAUUUUGUAGCAUGAUCAAGAUUAUUAAUAAAAAUGUUGAUAAUACUUAUAUA